AUGUUAAGAUUAACGUAUGUUUGCCUUUGCUUACUCGCUCUCAGAGAUGGGAUAGAAAGUUUCGGCAAUCCUUGGAUGCUACAUCCUUUAAGGCAGAAUCCUGGCUUAUCAAAAAAGCUGACGGAAUACAAUCAGCAGCAAAGUCGUCAGCGUUUUCUCCUCGAUUUACUGCUUCAAGUGCACAAACCUUUGCUUAAUGAGGAACUCCUUGCAAUGGGAAGUGAACUUAACGAGGAUCCAAUGGAAUAUAAAGAAGGGACCUGGAGGUAUAUAAAAGACUUUCAACAGCGUGUGCUGCAGAAUCAAGUGCCACGCCCUUUUGUCAUCUUUAAUCAGCUGGAUGAUGAAAUGCCCCAGAACCUGUUGGGGAUCUAUCGUUUUUUGAUAAUGGCCCGAGACUGGUCCUCCUUCCAGCGAAAUGCCUGCUAUGCCAGGAUACACUUUCAUCCUGUGCUCUUUGUAAACGCCUUACAGAUGGCAGUGGGCGACAGGGAGGACACCAAGGAUCUGCGAGUGCCUGCGAUGUAUGAGGUGCUGCCACAGCUCUAUUUCGAAAGGGAAGUGAUUCUGGCAGGUCAGGAAAUCGCCUGGCAUCAAUUGACUCCCAUCAGGUUGGUUACACCGAAACGAAGGUGGAAGGAUAUCCUUCUGGGAUUUCGGAGUCCCAGGCAACCUUGGACGGAGGAGGAACCCUUGCCAAGGGAUCCUCUGAUCAUUGAUAAUGGCAGAAACUUGGCUCAUCUAAGCCUCGACUUGGAGCUUAACUUACACUGGAACAAUCUGAUAAAUCGUCUGGUUAUAGCCAUUGAAGAAGGAAAGGAGCGGAUAAAUGAUCCAAUUAUUAUAGAUGGCGAUCGCUUGGUGGCCUUUCGGGGACCUUUCGACGAAGUCAAUUAUAUAAACCAUCUGGCGAUGGGACCACAUUUUCAUAAUUCGCAGUUAUAUUUGUACAAUCUACAUCAAUUUGUGGCUGCCUUGACAAUGGAAGAUAUGGCAACAGGACAAAAAUCGAUGGAUCUAAUUGAUCCGCCCCUGAUGACAACCGGUGGCGUUCUAUAUAAAGGUACCUCCCUAAAUAUCGAAGCAGUUCAACGGAUUUUAGACUUGACUACAGAAGACCUGAGAAACAAAAUUGACGAGGCUGUGGAACAUAAUAACCAUUCGGAGGAUAAUUUAUCUAUAGCGGGACAGCUGAUAGCUACUAACUACCUUCAUAUUUGUCGCCAAUUGAGCCUGGUUGUAAAUGGACAAGGAUUAAAUCAAGCUAAUAUGUUGGGUUUGGCAACGGCCAACCUUAGAGAUCCCAUAUAUCGAUCGCUGCUUUUUCGGUUAAAUGAAAUUUUAAGGAGCUAUGAAAAUCAUGAUCUGUAUAACGUUGGAGAAGGAAGAGUGCUCCUAAAAAUAGUUAAUAUUAACGUGAGUCCCCUGCUGACAUACGAGGAAAAUGUUGACAUAGAUCUCAUCAAUCUAAUUGACCAGCAACUGCUUCAAUCGCAGCGAAAUAAUUUACAAUUCCUGCGCCGUCAUCUUGUGGCCAGACAACGUCGUCUUAAUCAUGAUCCAUUUAGCAUAAGUCUGGAUAUAACAGCACCAGUUAACUUGACCGUUGAGGCAAGGAUGUAUUUGGCCUUACCAAAUCAAACGAAAACGCGUUUACACCUGGACAGCUUCAAAUGCUCUCUAAGAAAGGGCACUAAUAAAUUCGAACGUCUGUUCCUAUCGGCCAUCACUAAACCCACUCUAAGCGAACUCUAUGAGGCCGAUUACCCACUAACAGAGGUGACAAGUUCCAGCCGAUUUCCCCCACAUCUAUUAUUGCCAAGAGGGACAAGGGACGGCCUCAAACUUCAAUUACUUGUGAAACUCACUGCUUGGACUGGCUCGGAGCUGGAGUUUGAUGGGGCGUCUGACCCUAUCCUCGCCGAAACUCUGAAGGAUGUGAUAAUCUUUCAUCGCCAGGCCUGA